AUGCUUGUGAAUGAAUUAGCAACAGAGGAUCGUGAAGCCAUCAGAAAACUUCAAAAUGACAUCAGCUCUCUCUAUGCUGUUGUAGCUGAAGAUUAUAAAGAAGAAUGGAAAAAGGAGUGUGCAAAGCAAACCUACAGAGAAUGUCCUGAUAUUCCGGGUGUGGUCACUCAGGUCGAACAAGGCUGCAAAGAUUUGGAAAUCUUGGACCAAUGUCAAAUUAUCCCUGUCGAAUCUGAUUAUUAUGACUGGGAACUUCAACAAAGAGCUUUUAGAGUCGAUGCUCCUUCAAAGGAGCACAUGUGCAAGAGUGUUGUGAUGGAAAACACCCGUUGUACACAUGAAGACAUUUCAGACCCCAACUAUUCAAGAUACUAUUGUGUUAUCACUCAGUAUGUCAAACCUGUCAACACUCAAAAAAUGCUGAACUUUUGCCGAGGCUUAAAAAAUAAGGAGAUUAGUAAAAAGUACUACAAUUUUCGAUUAGCAGAUCCUGAGGUGUCACUUAGAUUGACAGGUUACAAGAAGGGUGGGGUCUGUCCUAUAGGUAUGAAACAACCAAUUCCUAUUAUACUUGCUGAGUCAAUUACAAAGCUGGAGCCAUCUGUCAUUUACCUCGGUGCUGGUCAUAUUGAUUGGAAGCUUGGUAUCCCUGUAGACACAUUCAUCGACUCCACCAAAUGUUUUGUUGCUGAUUUAGAUUAG